ACAAAAAAAAAAAGAAAGAAAGAAAAAGAGCACGCCCAUAUAAGCCCCUCCAUUGCACCAGGCCAUGUUCUAGGUGCCAUGGAAGAUACACAGAUCUCACAGGGUGCAAGCCAGAGACGUGAGUCAAGGUAGAUAAUUCAAUACAACAAAACCAUGUUGUGCUUUCAUCUUUAGUUCAAAGGAAGUGAAGAUUCACUGAGGUUUGUUAAGCUGCUCUGGGGAGAAGAGUUUCAUUGUUGUGACCUUUCUGAGCUACAAAGUCAUUUAUCUGAGAGAAGAGAAUGCACAGGAGUUUGCUCCCAGAUUGUCUUGGAGUAUUUCUUGCCCAGGAUGAAGAAAGAUAUGAGGAAAGGAUUACGCUCUCACACAGGGUAGAUUUUACCCAUCUGUAAGACUUCUUCCUUCACCUUCCUUGACAUCCUCUCCUUCCCUCUUCAACCUAGUUGCCAAUCUCUCUAAAAAGAGGAAACUCAGCCUUCUUGCUGAAUAUGCAUAUUACCAAUUCAGAAUCAAGAAGACCCUGUUGUUCCACUCGCUCUCCUUCUGGGGAGUGGCUCCCAAUGACGGCUACAAACGAACGUGUGAUUAGGGAACAGGAAUGUUCUUGAUCUCUGUGGGCAUGCAAGGUCUUUAUUAGUGCCAUGUUUCAAAUGCACUGAGAAAUGAAAGCAGGGACUAUUCUGUUGCUAAACAUGAGGUAGCAAUAUUGAAGAUGGUGGUGAGGAGUUCCCAUUGUGGCUCAGCAGGUUAAGAACCCGACAUAGUCUCCGUGAAGAUGUGGGCUCGAUCCCUGUCCUCACUCCAUGGGUUAAGGAUCCGGCAUUGCCACAAACUAUGGCAUAGGUCACAAAUGCUGCUCAGAUCCGGCGUUGCUGUGGCUGUGGUGUAGGCCGGCAGCUGCAGCUCUGAUUCAACCCCUGGGCCAGGAACUUCCAUAUAUUGCAGGUGCGGCCAUAAAAAGAAAAAAAUAGAAAAUGGUGGUGAGCUAUGAUGAACAUAUUCCCAUGGGUGUGUCUGAGCUGGAUUAAGUUGGGUGUGGGUUGUUGUCCACCACAGUCUCCCUUGCAACCCUAAGUCACUUACCACCUUUUCUCUGUUGAAAACCACAAGGUUCACAUUGCCCUUCUCCCUCCAUCUCUUUCCUUAAAGGUAACCUUGGUUUGGUCUCCAAGGCUUGCUGCCCAGUUCUUGCCCACAUUCCUUGCCCACAUCUUACACACAUGCUGAUGGAUGAAAGUGAGAAAGCUCAUGUCUCUGAAUGGGAGCAGGCUUCCUGGAGCUCAAAUACCUCACACACAUCCAUUCACCCACCCCUUCAUUCUACUGCCUCAGAAGCACUGAGAGGUAAUCCUCUUCUUGUAUUCCAAGCAGGGUGGAGCUGAUGGAGUUGAUUAGAAGGCUCCCUUGGAGAGCCAUCUGGUUGACAUUUAAAGUUACUACCAAUGAGUGAGAGACAGUUAUGGCCACAUAACCAGGAGGCAGGAGACUUGGAGUCCAGCUCUUGGCCUAACCAACCUAGAAAGCAAGGUGGGCUAGAUUUUUUAGAAUCACAAACCUUCAGAGCUGGAAGAGAUCUUGAACAGGGGUAAAAUGUACAGAUGUAGGAUACACAGAGAGGCCAUCAUUAAAAUGAUGCAUUUGAGGAGUUCCCGUUGUGGCUCAGCAGAAACAAAUCUGACUGGUAUCUGUGAGGAGCAGUUUCCAUCCCUGGCUUCACUCAGUGGGUUAUGGAUCUGGUGUUGCUGUGAGCUGUGGUGUAGGUUGCAGAUGCAGCUCAGAUCUGGCUUUGCUGUGGCUGUGCCAUAGGCCAGUGGCUACAGCUCAAAUUUGACCCUUAGCCUGGGAACUUCCAUAUGCUGUGGGUACGGCCCUAAAAAGACCCCCCCCCCAAAAAAAAAGAAAGGAUGCAUUUGAAACACUAAAUUUGAUUGAGAAAAGGCUCUUGCUCAAAAGUUAGGCUUUUCAAAAGUCCAUUUUUGUAACAUGUUGGGAAGGAACUUAUCCUACAAAUUGAGGUUAUCUGUUCAGGACAAAAGUACUAUUUGUGAGUGGAAGUCAGGUCAGUCUUGAUUAUUACACUGAUUUUUCUUUGGUAAUUUAGAUUAGAAUAAUCUAACAACUGGAUAACAAAUUUACUUACAAAUGCAGACUUGUAGAAGAAUUUUAAUAUAGCAAAUGAGUAAACUCACUAAGUAUGUGAUCCUGGGCAAAUGAUCAGAGUAUUUGGGCAAAUGAUCAGAUCUCUUGCAGCCUCAGUUUCCUCAUCUGUUCCAUGAAAGGACUGGAUUCAUUAGGUGAAGUGGUUUGCUCAGGUAGAAAUGUAAGCCUUUCCACUUAUUUCACCUGAUAAACCAUUUCCAAAUUAUGACAGAUCUCUGACCAAAAUUUUUACCUUGCUCUCUACAUGUAACUUUCCAACAUGGUCUAGUUAAUUCCUCUUAUUCUUUUCCACCUGCUGGUCCAAAAUGUCUCCAAUUGGUGGCGUUUUUGAUACCCAUAAUUCCCAGGGCCUGGGGAGUUGAGUCAGGCUCAUCUAAACAGGGGUAGUUCUGGUUCCAGGGAGCAGGAGUGCCCUCUACCAGAAGUCUGCACAGUCAGAAAAUUCCUAUAUCAGGGCGGAAUGUGGAUGGAGGAGGUUUUAUCCUCUUAGGAUUGGUGGAAAGACACAGAUUUAGGUUGGACUUAGGUAGAAAGCAAAAGUUCCUGCCCAGAUCUCUAAAAUGUAGAUGUCCGAAGUAGCAUUGGACUUUCCUGAAAAUUUAGGCUAAAAUAUCAUCCAAAGGCAUUUUUAGUCAUUGAUAAAUUGUCACCAUGUUGUUUCUAGGACUGAAUAUCCUACAAACGGAUGUAAUAACCAACCUCAUAAACAUGUUUAAAUGUUUUAAAUUCUACGAAUCUAAACAAAAAUGUUACAUUUGGUAAAUCUUUAAUUUUUAAAAACUGAGAUUAGUAUAACCUAACCUGAUAACAAUUUACCCACGAAUGUUGAAUAUCUAUAUUAGGUAUAAACAGAAACCAGCUGUAGUUUUUAAUGCAGUGAAUGGAGCGAAGAAAUGUGCAAAGCAGUCCAAAUGUUUAUAAACCAAGGAUUCCUCUGGGACUCAGUGCCCUGACUUUAUGUUGUUGUUGUUGUUGUUUUAAACAGAGAGUCAAGCUUUGUUCAUGCUUGAAUUAUGUACUUUGCAUAAGUCAUGCAAUUUAACUUUAACCCACAAGACUGAAAAUAAAGUGGGCUCAGACUGCAGAAGGAGACUGUAAGCAAGUUGGAGUGUUAAUCAAAGUGAAAGAGGCACCCUCACUCUGUCCUUCUCAAGUCUGCUCCUGCCAAAUUAUUUUGGGUUCCUCCUGCUUGACUCAUCAAAGGGGCAAAAACAGGUUAAAAUUUUCAUCAUGGAAAAAGGAUUUGUGUGUUAAUGUUUGUGCAUCUGCCCCAAGGAGAUUGAUGCGCACACAAUUUUUAAAAACAAUAAGUGAAGGCAUACCCUUGCCACUUGUACUCAUGACAAAGCUUAAGUAAUUCUGGCAUGAGCAUUUUUUUUUAAGUGCAAAACAGGAUUUACUAGUCAAGAAUGUCUGUCUAAACAAGCUCAUCCAUCUAAGUGCUUUCAACUCUAACUCAAAUUUGUUUAAUACAAACAGGGUUUGGUAAAUGAGCCGUAUUUGCUCAUUGGGUGUUUUGGAACAUCGCAAAAUAAACCAAUACGUUGCUUUUAGGCUCGUUUUGACAGAGGGUAGGUAGAGAACCGUACCGGGACAUUUGGAAACCACUUGCCUUAGCAUCCAGCUUAUGAGUACCAGUAGGGGACCUGACCACAUUCACCACUCUGCCUCUGUAAAGAGGACAUAACCCUAUUCACUCAUCUUGUGGGAGCCUGAUAUGGAUUACUCUCCUUGUCACUGUCAUUUAUUAUUAUCUCAGGCAGGGGAGGCAGCGACUUCAUUCUAUGCGGUCAGAGUAAUUCCCUAUCAUGCAUAUUUAGCCUACAGGAUAAUAACCUGUGAGUAUUUUAACAUGACUGUCUAGCUUUCAAGUGUUAUUGAUGAGGGGUAUCUGAACAGAUACUAGGAGCAUCGGAUGCCUAGGUGUUCGUUUCAACCUCUUCAAACCCCACUCUGAGGACCCUGCUUUAUAGAUGACCAUAUGUUAAAUUGGUACCUGGUAACUUGGCAUUAUUGUCUCUAAUUCUUGACCCUCCUGGUAAAGGAGAAUUAGUCUAAGGACACUUCAUUCUCAUUUUCUGUCGCUGUCAAUGCUAACCAGAGCCCAUAGAGCAAUGAGUGGGGGCGGGGAAGAUGGCUCCACCAUUGGUGUUAGACCAGGAGCUACUGUUUCCGUUAGAGCUAUAUUUAUUUCUGGAGUAGUUGUGGGAGAGAGAUGUGCUCCAACGAGAAGAGGACUCGGUGUGGUUCAGUUGAACCAAGACUCUGAGGCUGAUAUGCAAUGUCACUUACAACAUUAAUCAGAUACUGCAUUUAAGUGCUGGUAUCAGUGGUUUGAUUUUCAGCAAAUGUGACAGUGGCCUUUGCAGUGGUCAGCUCCGGGCUUUGAACUCUCAGAGGAGGAAGGGAAAAAAAUUCAACACACUACCUCCUUGGUUGCAGUCUCCGAGAAACCUUGGAUGAGAAACUUCUUUUUUCAAACCUGUUUUCCUGUUGAUAAAUUCGGUUCUGUGAUCACAGUACAUUCAAGCUGUUCUGCAUAUGAUUUUGUGUGUGUGACAAUUGCAUCUAAAACUUGAGAGCAAGAAGACGGAGAAAUCAGUUGGUCUCCAUCGCUUUACAUAAAAAUGGCUGAGUGUCUUGUCAUGCUAACACUGCCUUAAGUGAUACAUACAGGUCUCAAUAUGAAGGAGAUGGAGAACUCAGAACCAAGGAUUUCCAAGUGAUUUCUUCCAAAGCACGAGAAACUAACUCUGUUAAGGCCGAUCUGUUCUAACUGAGAUGACAGUCAUGUCCCUUUCCAGGGACCUCAAGGACGACUUUCACAGCGACACAGUGCUCUCCAUCUUAAAUGAGCAGCGCAUCCGGGGCAUUUUAUGUGAUGUCACUAUUAUCGUGGAAGACACCAAAUUUAAAGCCCACAGCAAUGUCCUGGCUGCUUCAAGCCUUUAUUUCAAAAAUAUCUUUUGGAGCCAUACCAUCUGUAUUUCCAGCCACGUCCUGGAACUGGAUGAUCUCAAAGCAGAAGUGUUUACAGAAAUCCUUAAUUAUAUCUACAGCUCCACUGUUGUCGUCAAGAGACAGGAAACAGUCACCGAUCUCGCAGCUGCAGGAAAAAAGCUGGGAAUAUCCUUCUUAGAAGAUCUUACUGAUCGCAACUUCUCAAAUUCCCCAGGUCCCUAUGUAUUCUGCAUUACCGAAAAGGGAGUGGUUAAAGAAGAAAAAAAUGAAAAAAGGCACGAAGAACCAGCCAUCACUAAUGGGCCAAGGAUCACCAAUGCGUUUUCCAUCAUCGAAACAGAAAAUAGUAAUAACAUGUUUUCUCCACUGGAUUUGAGGGCAAGUUUCAAAAAGGUCUCCGACUCCAUGAGAACCACUAGCCUUUGCCUGGAGAGGACUGACGUCUGCCACGAGGUGGAGCCCGUGCGCACCCUCGCCGAGCACUCUUACGCCGUGUCUUCCAUGGCCGAGGCCUACAGGAGUCAGCCUGUGCGUGAACAGGACAGUGGUUCACCUGAGAAAACAGGUACAGAAAAUUGCGAAGCCGUUGCAGCAAAACCGAAAACAUCCCGAAAGCCAAAGACACCCUCUGUAUCCCAGGAUUCGGAUUCCACUCCAGAAAAUAUAUCACCCCCUCCAGCUUCCAACUUAGAGGUGAAUCAAGAAGAAAGUCCCCAGCCAGUGGCGAUUCUUUCCCGCUCAAAGUCUCCCAACAAUAAUGAAGGAGAGGUCCGUUUUCCCAGAGAAGAUGAAAAUAAAUCCUCUGAAGUCCCUGGGCCACCAGCCACAGAGGUUCCACCUCUCGUUUACAAUUGUAGCUGUUGCUCCAAAUCUUUCGACAGUAGCACUUUGCUCAGCGCCCACAUGCAGCUUCACAAGCCAACCCAGGAGCCUUUAGUGUGCAAGUACUGCAACAAGCAGUUCAGCACCCUCAACAGACUGGAUCGGCACGAGCAGAUCUGUAUGAGGUCAAGCCACAUGCCCGUUCCCGGAGGGAAUCAGCGCUUUUUAGAAAACUAUCCCACCAUUGGGCAGAACGGAAGUUCCUUCACAGGUCCAGAAUCUUUAUUAUCUGAGAACAGGAUGGGUGAAUUUUCCAGUCCUGGAAGUACCUUGCCAGAAACAGACCACAUGGUCAAAUUCGUUAAUGGGCAAAUGCUCUACAGCUGCGUUGUAUGCAAACGUAGUUAUGUGACUUUAUCCAGCCUCCGAAGACAUGCAAAUGUUCACUCAUGGAGAAGAACAUAUCCUUGCCAUUACUGCAACAAAGUAUUUGCACUGGCUGAGUACAGGACAAGACAUGAGAUUUGGCACACAGGAGAGAGGCGGUAUCAGUGCAUUUUCUGCCUGGAAACGUUCAUGACCUACUAUAUACUCAAAAACCACCAGAAGUCUUUCCAUGCCAUCGAUCACAGACUUUCCAUCAGUAAAAAAACAGCGAAUGGAGGAUUGAAGCCUAGUGUCUAUCCAUAUAAACUUUAUAGGCUUCUGCCCAUGAAAUGCAAAAGGGCUCCUUACAAGAGCUACCGACAUUCUUCCUACGAAAACACUCGAGAAAAUAGUCAGAUGAAUGAGUCGGCACCUGGUCCCUAUGUUAUUCAGAAUCCACACGGCUCUGAAUUACCUACUCUGAAUUUCCAAGACAGUGUAAGCACCUUGACCAACAGUCCAGCCAUUCCAUUGGAAACACCAGCACGCCAGGACCUGCCCACUCCUGCCAGUGUACAAAACACAGAGGGUACCAAAUGGGGAGAGAGGGGAGAGUUGAAAGUUGAUCUGGACAGUCGCUUUUAUUCAGCGGAGAUGUCAGUUCCUUCCACUGAAAACACCAGCAGUUCAGACCACCGGGCGGGGGAAGCACCCACUUUGUCCGCAAGUAAUGGCAGUGAGAACUCCGCCUCUGUGAUCAGCUACAGUGGCUCGGCCCCCUCGGUCAUCGUGCACAGCAGCCAGUUUUCAUCAGUGAUAAUGCACAGCAAUGCCAUCACCCCCGAGAUGGGCCACAAGCCCAGAGCCCCUUUGGACCUGGCUGUCAGUCAGACUCCGAAAGAGGAUGGCAGACCUGAACCAGACAAAAUGGGAAGGGGUGUCAACAGACCCAAAAGUGGGAAGGAGAAAAAGAAAACCAUCCCGUGUAACAGGGGGGAGAUACCAGAGGAGCCCAGAUACGUUGCUGAUCCUGGAGGGUCCUUGAGCAAAACCACCAAUAUCAUGAAAGAGACCAGUAAAAUUGAAACUUACAUCGCCAAGCCCGCUCUCCCCGGAACCUCCACAAACAGCAACGUGGCACCCCUUUGCCAAAUAACGGUGAAAAUUGGGAAUGAAGCCAUUGUGAAAAGGCACAUCCUAGGAUCGAAGUUGUUCUAUAAACGGGGGAGGAGGUCCAAGUACCAAGUCCAAGAGGAGACCCUGCCCCAAGAGAGUGACCAGGAAACAAACAGGGCCAGUCCCCUUGGGCUCUGCCAGGCCGAGUGCAUGGAGAUGAGUGAGAUGUUUGACGACGCCAGUGACCAGGAUUCCACGGACAAACCGUGGCGCCCUUACUACAACUACAAACCCAAGAAGAAAUCCAGACAGCUGAGAAAGAUGAGGAAAGCCAACUGGAGGAAGGAGCAUGAGAACAGGAGCCCAAGUGGUAAGUGUAAAUACCCUGCUGAACUGGACUGCGCCGUGGGGAAGGCGCCCCAGGAGAAGCCCCUGGAGGAGGAAGAAAAUAAAGAGAUGCCCAAGUUGCAGUGUGAGCUCUGUGACGGAGACAAAGCCUCGGGGGCCGGGAACCCAGGGAGGCCCCACCGGCAUCUCACGGCCAGGCCUUAUGCAUGCGAGCUCUGCGCCAAGCCGUUCCAAAGCCCCUCCACCCUCAAGAUGCACAUGAGAUGUCACACGGGCGAGAAGCCAUACCAGUGCAAGACCUGUGGGCGCUGCUUCUCGGUGCAAGGCAACCUACAGAAGCACAUGCGUAUCCACCUGGGCGUGAAGGAGUUUGUCUGUCAGUAUUGCAACAAAGCCUUCACCUUGAACGAGACCCUCAAAAUCCAUGAAAGAAUCCACACAGGUGAAAAACGAUACCACUGUCAGUUCUGCUUUCAGAGUUUUUUGUAUCUAUCCACGAAAAGGAAUCAUGAGCAGAGGCACGUUCAGGAGCACAAUGGGAAGGGCUAUGCCUGCUUCCAGUGCCCCAAAAUUUGCAAAACAGCUGCUGCCCUGGGAAUGCACCAGAAGAAACACUUGUUCAAAAGCCCAAGUCAGCGGGAGAAAACAGAAGGUGACGUGGGCCAGGAAAACUCACAUCCCCUGGAGAAUCCACAUUUCCUUGAUUCAGAAGACAGUGACCAAAAGGAUAAUGUACAAACCCUUGCUGAUAAUGUCCUUUGAAUGGUGAUAGUUAGAAAAAAUAUAAGUUGAUGGGUUUGGGGUUUUUUGGUUUUUUUGUGUGUGUUUUAAUUAACUGUUUUGUUUUUGUUUAGUUUUGUUCACGUAACAGUCAUGAAGGAGUGAAAUGUAACAAAGAAAAUCUCAUUUUUGAAAAUUCCAAAAAAAAGGAUCCUAAUAUCUACUUUGGGUUUUGGCAUUAACUUCAUGCAGAGUGCACAAAAACAAAAUAGCUGAAUCUUCCAAUAUCCCAAGUAUCUUGUGAAAGUUUAUGAAGUGCUCAGUUGGGAUAUUUCUGCCAGUGGCAAGGAGUGGGGGGUGGGGGAGAGAGUUUAAUUUUGGCCCAAUUCAAAACUUUCUGAUAAGUGCUGAUGGGAACUGGCUGCUGAACUGUCUUUAGUCACUGGAGGAAAAAAAGGGUCAAAUAGCAUGAAAAUGUCAUCUUCCUAAAUAUGUUAAAUGGUAAAUGAGCUAUGACAGUCAUUAUUCCCAUCCAGCUUCUGCACUACUAAAAAUUGUUUAAAUUAAUGAAUACAUAUGAAAUACUUAAUAACAUAGCUGAAAAUGUGUGUGAAAUGAGUAACCCAAGUAGGACAUUCCUACGUUUAUCUAGAACUACUUUUCUGCAACACAAACCUUGUAAAAUGCAUAUAUAAAUCACGGUAACUUUUAACUGUCCAUGUCCCCUGUAGAGAAUUAUAAUGAUGAGCAAUAGACCUGCAAAUAAUGAGAACUGAUGUAAAAAUCAGUCAAGAGCAUUUUGAAUAUGACUUUAGAGCAUGUGUAUGCUUUCAGAUGGAAUGCUGUUCUCUUGAAGUUAUGGCUGAGCUGUUAUUAAACUGGUCUACUCAAGUCACAGAAAACAUAGGUCAUGCCUUAUCUGUGGGGGAGAGCCUUCCCAGAAGUUACCUGUGGUUACCUGUGCUGUGCUGUAUAUUCCUUUUUAGUGGCCUCACUUUAGAAAAUGAAGAAAGGUCACAUUCUUCUGAAACUCCCUGCAGUCUUCCAUCUACCACAAGACCAUGGACAUGGAGGUCUUUCCAAAUAGAUGUAACCAGGCUCAAGGGUUCAAGUAAAACCUGACACCUUCCAUGCCGCCGAAAGAGUGUGGAGGAAAUGUAGCACAAGGCAUGUGUACGGUGGUGAAUUCCCAGGCACUUGAAAGGGACAGAAAACCUAAUCCCUACAACUGUUAGCCUUCUUGGAGAUUAUGCAGCCCACAAGUAUAUUAAAAAAAGAAAAGAAAGACAUAGCCCUGCCCUACCCAUUAGUGACUUGGGUGGGCAGAGGAAGUGAUGGCCUUCCUUGCCUCCAACAGAGCUUUGUCUUUUGGGGGUGGGUGGAUAGAACGUGGAGUGACGCAGUUCCAUCACUUACUUAUGUGACUCAGAAAUAUAUCCACAAGCCAGAUGCCUUGUCUUCAUGUUUGUAGACAUCUACAACUUUGCUAAAAACCCACUUCUGUUUCUUAAUGUUCUUUUAAGCUAACCCACACCAUGAACACUGCCCUCAAAAUCUAAUUGCCCUGUAGGAUAUGCUAUCAUGUGGACUAGGUUCCUGGGGAGCUGGAAUUCAUGAUUCUUACUUAUUAAUCGGCCUGAAUAGGAGAGAGAGAGAGAGAGAAUACAUUCUUACCCUUUGAUCACAAGUAUGAGCAGAAUCUGGAACCUGGCUCAAGGAGGACCUGCAGCCAUGCAUGUUCAUGGGAUUUGAGAGCUGGAAACCCAAGGUUGCACAGUUAAUUGUUGUGAAGAAGUAGCUCAAAAGACUCCAGUUUCUCUCUCCAAGUGUUGUGAUGCCUCCACAAAGAAGACUUAGUAUGGAUUGGGGUGGGCAAGAAAGCAUUUAAACACCUAGAAAAGGACAUGAUCAAAGCUGACCUUUUUAUACUGUAGUACUUUGCUGUUAAAUAACCCCGAUACUGUAUUUGCAUUUAUCUUUUAUCUUUUUAGUUCAUCUACUUUCACUUACAAACAGUAUUAUGUAAUAGAGGAAAAUGGGAAAAUGCAGAUGAAUUCAACUUUAUUUUAUAUGUUGUAUAUAUGUAUACCUGCACUAUUCAUUUGGGUUUUGUUAAAGAGAUAGUCACAAAGGGCUUAUGAAAAUCAUUUUUGCAUUGAUUAGAAAAUCAAAUAAGCAAUCCUGUGACCGACUCAUUUGUUUAAUCUCAAUUAGGCUUAUGAAUCAAGGAGAAUUAUUGUGUAUUUCAGUCAUUUUGAUUUGAGGUAACUCCAAAUAUAAAAUUAUUACAUGUAGUGAUGUCUCCCAGCCCUUACACGUGGGUAUUUUUUAAGUGGACUUGUAUGCUAAUAAUUCUAGACCAAAGUAAAUAUGGCAGAAUAUUUAUACAUGAAAAAAUAAUUUUGCAAAUAUUUUCUAUAACUGUAUUAUUCGUUUAAAAUGUUGAUAGCUUGUGUUAGUUUCAGGGAGGGGUGUAUAUUUUGAUAAAAAAUACUUGACUUUGUAAUUCUGUAUAUUCUAUACAAUUUAUAGCAGAGCCGUUUUAAGACAGCCUUGUCACAUUUUUUGUUAAUUGUGAAAAUUUUAUUAUAAGUGAUGUUUAUGCAUUGAGUACAUAACGACCAACUAGAAUUCAAGUAAAGUGUGAACAGUGAACAUACUGUAUGCUGUACAAGAUUAUAUUGUAAUUUGCUGUUUUCACAUCUGUAUUUUGGUUAGAAGAUAUUAUUAAAUGCAGAUGUUAAGGGUUGGAAAAGUCUAAUUUUAUUUUCAGAACUAAUGAAUAUAAAUUUGUUUUUGCUUGACUAAAAUAGCUUAUUCCUAUGUUGUCUCUUUUUAAACAUUCUAAUGUUAAUUCUCUCGGGCAGCCAAGCAGCUCUUGCAUCUGUGUGAGUCACAGCAUUGUUUCACAUAUGAUUCAUUCAGUAUAUUCUGUUUCCUUGUUUACAUUCCAUGGUACCUGCUUACAUGCUUAGGACUCAAAUGGAAUAUGACAUUAAAAAAAAGGCAGAAUAAAAGAGACUGAAAUCUU